CCUGAGCCGGGUGGUGGAAGCGCCGUGGCAGUGGCAGCGGACCAGCUACAGCUUGUCCAAGCCAUGCCGGCGGCGCGCGUGGAGUACAUCGCGCCCUGGUGGGUCGUGUGGCUGCACAGCGUCCCGCACCUCGGCCUGCGCCUGCAGCGGGUGGACAGCACCUUCAGCCCCAGCGACGAGACUUACCAGGAGUCGCUGCUCUUCCUGGGGGUGUUAGCUGCCGUUGGCCUGGGCCUGAACCUCCUCUUCCUUGCUGUUUACCUGGUGUGUGCAUGCUGCUGCCGGAGGGACCACACAGUGCAGACCAAGCAGCCCAACUCAUGCUGCGUCACCUGGACAGCGGUGGUGGCCGGGCUCCUCUGCUGUGCUGCGGUGGGUGUUGGUUUCUAUGGAAACAGUGAGACCAACGAUGGGGUACACCAGCUGCUCUACUCCCUGGACAACGCGAACCACACCUUCUCUGGAAUUGACGAGCUGGUAUCUGGAAACACCCAGAAGAUGAAGGUAGACCUAGAACAGCACUUGGCCCGGCUCAACGAGAUCUUUGCUGCUCGGGGCGACUACAUCCAGACCCUGAAGUUUAUGCAGCAGAUGGCAGGCAACGUUGUCAACCAGCUCUCGGGACUGCCCGUGUGGAGGGAGGUCACCAUGCAGCUGACUGAGCUGUCCCACCAGACUGCCUAUGUGGAACACUACAGGUGGCUCUCCUACCUCCUUCUUUUCAUCCUGGACCUGGUCAUCUGCCUUGUCACCUGCUUGGGACUGGCCAGGCGCUCUAAGUGUCUUCUAGCCUCCAUGCUGUGCUGUGGAGUACUGACCCUGAUCCUCAGCUGGGCUUCCCUGGCUGCAGACACCGCCGCAGCAGUGAGCACCAGUGACUUCUGCAUGGCUCCUGACAUCUACAUCUUAAACAACACCCGGAACCAGAUCAGCUCAGAGGUGACCCGCUACUACCUGCAUUGCAGUCAGAGCCUAAGCAGCCCCCUUCCAGCAGGCUGUGGUCUCUCCACCCAGUCAUUGACCGUCUUCCAGCGUUCACUGACCACCAUGCAGAUCCAAGUUGUAGGCCUGCUGCAGUUUGCUGUACCCCUCUUUCCUACAGCAGAGAAAGACCUUCUUGGCAUCCAGAUUCUGCUAAACUCUUCUGAGACCAGCCUGCACCAGCUGACUGCCAUGCUAGAUUGCCGAGGGCUGCACAAGGACUACCUGGACGCUCUCACUGGUAUCUGCUACGAUGGCAUUGAGGGCCUGCUAUUCCUUGGUCUCUUCUCCAUCCUGGCAGCCCUGGCUUUCUCCACCCUGACCUGUGCAGGGCCUCGGGCCUGGAAAUACUUCAUCAACAGGGACAGAGACUAUGAUGACAUUGACGACGAUGACCCUUUCAACCCCCAAGCUCGGCGCAUCGCAGCCCACAACCCAAUGAGAGGGCAACUGCACAGUUUCUGCAGCUACAGCAGCGGCCUUGGCAGCCAGUGCAGCCUUCAGCCUCCUGCCCAGACCAUCUCCAAUGCCCCUGUCUCCGAGUACAUGAACCAGGCCAUACUCUUCGGUGGGAACCCACGAUACGAGAACGUGCCACUCAUCGGGAGAGGUUCCCCUCCACCCACAUACUCUCCCAGCAUGAGGGCCACCUACAUGUCCGUGGCGGAUGACCAACUGAGACACUACGAGUUCCCAUCCUAGCAACUUUCAGGGUACCUGCCGCCUCCUGCCAGCUUGGUUCUCAACGGAUGCAGACCCCAGCUAUGUUUCUGUAACAGAAACUGAAAGUUCCUGGACCAGCAGGCUCCUGUGCCUGCAGAGACACAGUUGGGACUCUUGACCACAGGUGGAUACAAGGCCCGUGACUAGACCAGCCUCUUCGGCCAAGCUCUCCAUCCUAGAACUCCCCAGGACUCGGCUGCUGUCCCAGAACCAGCUGCCUGGUUCAGCUCCCUUAAGCCCCACCCUCAGCAGAUGAGAAGCGGCAGUGAGGAGGGGACCACCAGGCCUAAGAGCCCUACUCUCUCAAGGUCCUGCCACCGGGCCCCUGCCUCUUGUUAGUGUGGCCCUAAGCCCAGGCCACACCUUCUAGCUACUCUGUCCUUGGUUCCUAGCAGGUGACAAUUGGAGAUGUGUUAGAACACAUGGUCCAGGAACCACAUUCUGGGACCACACAGACUCUGCCUAGAUCUCAGAAGGAUAGCAUUAAGAGUACUUCCUGGAGGGCAUUGGUGGCCUCAAGCUGGGCACUGCAGCCUGGCAGCCUUGGGCAGGAGCAUGAGAGAAAACCUGCUACAUUCUGCUUCUAACCUCCACCAGCCACCUCUGAAGCCAGGUCUCAGCUGCAGGUGGGAACAGUCUCAGGUAUGAACAGAUACUUUGAAAGCAACUGAGCUCUUGUUCCCAGUAUUUUGAAACAUUUUGAUGAUCCAAAGACUCACAUCUCCCUCACAGGCCCCUCCAAACAGGCUCAGGUCUCACGCCUGUUUCUAUACUUUGGCUCUCACAUAAGCCAUUUUGCAGAUCUGGAGGAGAGGCUGGGGAGUGGGUUGUGGGCUUUUUGUUUUGCUGCAGUCUCAUUAUACAGCCCUGACUGGCCUUGGCCUAGAACUCACAGAGAUCCACCUGCCUCUGCCUCUGGAGUACUGGGAUUAAAGGCGUGCGCCACCACACCUGGCCAGAAACAGAUUUUUGGGGGAGUUUUGAGACAGGGUUUCUCUGUGUAGCCCUGGCUGUCCUGGAGCUCUCUGUGUAGACCAGGCUGGCCUCGAAUUUGGAGAUCCACCUGCCUCUGCCUCCUGAGUGCUGGGACUAAGCCUUGAGCCAUUGUGCACAGUCCUUUUUUGUGUAAUAAAGAUUCAUGAGACA